AUGGCGUACACUGGAUCCGUUUGGCAUUUUUUGAAAAUUAGUCACGAUUCAAAGUGGUCGGAAUUUGCUGUUGUCGGCCGUCGGGGCGCUUUCGAGUAUCCGUUCGGUUUGCUAGUGUGGAUGCUGCGGAGGGCAGCUGCCAUCUCCCCAGCCCACUCAAAGGAAACCUCAGCGGAAACUUACAGUGGGGUGGGGUGUGAGGAGAUGGAGAUGGAUAUUAAUCCUAUCGCUGAGUGA